CAAAACCCUAGCUGAAGACACGGCAUGCUUCCUUCUUGCGUUCCCAAAUCCCUCCUUUUCUCCUUCGAAAUCCCACCGCGCUCCACAGAUUCUUGAUUGAUCUCAAUCGCUAUCCUUCUUGUUGCGCCGCUGUCGUCACAGAUUCGAGGGUGAGGAGAGGGCAAAUGGAGCAGAGAUUGGCGAGCACCUGGCGGAUGACAGUCAACGAGAGGAAGUUUGUGGAGACCGCGCUCGCUUCCGACCUCCGUGUUGACGGCCGCCGCCCGUUCGACUACCGCCGCUUGACCAUUAAGUUCGGCAGAGAAGAUGGUUCUUCAGAGGUGCAACUAGGUCAGACUCAUGUUAUAGGCUUUGUGACUUCUCAGCUGGUGCAACCUUAUCGAGAUAGACCAAACGAAGGGACUCUUUCUAUAUUUACUGAAUUUUCACCAAUGGCUGAUCCUUCUUUUGAGGCAGGGCGCCCUGGUGAAUCUGCUAUCGAACUUGGUCGCGUCGUGGAUCGUGGUCUUCGGGAAAGUAGGGCUGUGGAUAUGGAGUCAUUAUGUGUUGUUGCAGGGAAAUCAGUGUGGUCCAUUCGUGUGGAUCUCCAUAUUCUUGAUAAUGGAGGGAAUCUCAUCGAUGCUGCCAAUAUUGCUGCUUUGGCUGCUCUAUCGACAUUUCGCAGACCUGAAUGUACAUUAGGAGGAGAAAAUGGUCAGGACAUUAUUGUUCAUGACCCCGAGGUUAUGGAGCCACUCACAUUGAUAAUUCAUCAUCUUCCUGUAGCAGUGACCUUUGCUUUUUUUAGUGAGGGUAACAUCAUGGUGAUUGAUCCAACACAUAAAGAAGAGGUUGUUAUGGGAGGAAGAAUGACUGCUACAGUGAACUCAAAUGGUGAUGUUUGUGCGGUUCAAAAAGCUGGCGGAGAGGGUGUGACACCAAACAUGAUUAUGCAGUGCUUACGAAUUGCUUCUGUGAAAGCUGCUGAUAUCACAAGUAAAAUAAAGAAUGCAGUAGAGACAUACAAUACUGAGAGAACGUUACGGAAGGUUAAGCGUCAUUCAUCGACAGUGACACAACAAGUUAGUGUUCCAGAUGUUAUCAUGAAGGACAAGCAAGCCGAGAAUAUAAUAAGACAUCAAGAAGAAAUGAUACAACAUGAACCGGACAGAAGCUCCAAUUGUGAUGAUGAAAUGACAGUUGAUACUAGGACAUGUAUAAAGACAGAGAGCAACCGCAAAGACAGAUGCACUGAUCCAUUUGUUGGUGGCCCUUCAAAUUGGGACCCAUAUCUGAAUAAACUUUCUUCAAAUUUAGUUGGAAAAUCUCAAGAUUUACUUGGUCCUUUAACGAUUAGUAAGGAACAACAAGAAGAAUCAAAAAGCAACAAAAUGGCAGUCGAGAACAGUCCUGAGCAUGCAACAAUAUCUUCUAAUUCUGAAACACUUGGAGUUUCAGGGCCGAGGCAGCAAACUGAUGUUGCAAAGAGUUUGAAAGAUGCUGUCAAGUCAAAAGCUAGAAAGAAGAGCAAAACAUCUGCUACUACCAGUUGAACUAGAUCUGUGCAGAUGAACCACCGAAUGCAGUGCCUUUUAAUGUCGGUUUCAAGCCCUGUUGAUGAAUUUUGUAGGAACUUUAUCUGUUGUCUCCUUAAUUACCGACUUGAUUUUUGUUGUGAAAUGUACCAAAUAACAUUGAUAUCGGUAGGAUAGAGAGCUACUUUGGUUGCCACGGGUAUGUACCUGAAGCUUCCUAGGAUCUCAAUUCAUUGUGUUGGCAAAUGUAUACAUGUCUCUUGAAAUUUUAGGCCUCUGAGGGAGCCACUUAAACUGGUAGUGA